CGGCAGCUCCUCCUCCCCCUCCUCCUGCAGAGCUAGCGGUGGCGCGGCUUUCAAUGCGCAGGCACUGGUCGCGCCAGGCUCCAGGGGUGUAAAUAAUACGCGGCCUCUGAGGCUGGAGCAGCUCAGAGCAGAGAUGGCAACCGAGCGAGAGAUCUGCAGCUAACCCGGCUGCAUUUGCUCGCCCGGUAGGAAAGGCGGAGGAAGAAGAGGCGGAUCAGGUAGGAAGGAUGAGUGCGUAUGCUGACAUAUAUGCAUUGAAGCAGGGACAACAAGGUACUACAGAGGGUGGUUACCAGCGCUAUGGAGUUCGCUCUUACCUGCAUCAAUUUUAUGAAGACUGCACAGCAUCCAUUUGGGAGUAUGAUGAUGAUUUUCAGAUCCAGAGAUCACCCAACAAGUGGAGCUCUGCAUUCUGGAAGGUUGGACUCAUCUCGGGGACAAUGUUUAUGCUGACAGGGAUCAUAGUUCUUCUAGUAGGGUUUCUGGUACCCCCCAGAAUUGAAGCCCUUGGAGAAGAAGAUUUUGUGGUGGUGGAUACCCAUGCUGUUCAAUUUAACAGAGCCCUUGAUGUAUGUAAGUUGGCGGGAGCAAUAUUAUUUUGCAUUGGAGGGACCACAAUGGCAGCCUGCUUGCUGAUGUCUGCAUUUGCAAAAAGCUACUCCAAAGAAGAAAAGUACCUGCAACAGAAAUUUAAAGAGAGAAUAGCAGAUAUAAAAGUCCAGACGCACCCAGUCACAAAAACCCCAGCACCUGGAGAAUCCAAGAUACCUGUUACUUUGUCCAAAGUUCAAAAUAUCCAGCCAUUAUCUGAAACCUGAUUCUUGCUCUUUCUUUCCUAACAUGCCCUUCUUGUGAAAUUGAAAAGGUUGUCUUGGCUGGCACUUGAAUCUGUGUUUGCAGUGUAGCAAAUUCUGCAUUCAGUAGGAAAAGAAGCAGGCAGGAAACACUAUUUGGAUAGGACUACAGAAGUGACAAGAAAGUGAAGGUUCAGCCAUUACUGGUUUCAAUAAAGCAUUAACAUGUUGUGAACUAUUUUUUUAAAAAGUCCACAGAAUCAUUUAGAUUCUUCCCUUCCAAAACAUGGUUCGUUGUUCUCCACCCAUCCCAUCAUCGUUACAUAUUUUGUUCCUUUUAAAUAAUGAACAUGUUUGUCUGUUUAGUGUGAACAGUUUAAAUUGUGUCCUGUUCAAAAACAACAGUCAGAGUCCCACAAAAGCUCUGUAUGUGCAUGUAUUGGAGAACCAUGUAGAAAGCAGACAGUUCUAUUUCUAUCAGACUUCUUUAUUCCCCUGGAGUACAAGCAGAACAGCAGCUUGUCUCUUAAGCAAACAUAAAAGAAACCAUCAGCUGCACAUGAUGCUUUUCUUUCAUAUACAAAGCUUUCUAUCCAUUCUAAAUUUAAACUGGCCAGCAAGAAUGCAUUAUUCAGGGGCAGGGCCCCAGGAUCACAUUAGCCUCAAUAAGUUUUUCUUUGGCCUUCAAAGUUCCCUCCUAUUGCAAUUGUGAAAUUCAGCUUCCCACUAUUUUGAGAUGAGAACACAAUUUGUUUGUGUUUUGUAUCUCAAAUAGGCUUAAUAUUGUUUUAAAAACAUAGAAAAACCCACCCCCCAAAGCAGAAAAUCAAGAGUCCUGCCCUCUUGCACGAUGCAGCCCCCACUUUGCUUCACCAUGCAAGCUCAUUCCCAACCAUUAUAUAUAUAUCAACAGCAGCAAAUGAUGGUGCCACUUUUAAGUCAAAAUAUAUAGUAUUCAAGGCCAGCCAAUUUAUCAUAUGCAGCUCAUCUUUUUAAAGAAAUUUUUAAUCAUCAAAAGAAAGACUGCAUCAAACUGGUUUCUUCUGGGGUCAUUCUUAAUCCCUCUACCCACAUAUAUCUUUAUUUUUUAACUCUCAGUUUCUAUUCAGAUUCACCAAGGCCAUUUUGAAAGGUGCCCAGUGUUUAGAAUGGAAAAGGAUACAGGAUUUAUUAACUCAGUUGCAGGUCUGGCCUUGGGCCCUUAUGCAGAAAAACAAAUGACCUGGGUGGUUUUGCUAGGCAGGGUGUACAGUUUGAUUAGGACAAGAUAAGGGCAAUAGAAAGCCCAUCGUAGGCAUUUGGAUGUGUACAUAGAGCUCUUGUAGUGUACGUAGGCAUAUGGAAAUCCCUCCUUUUAAUUUCAUGGUGGGAACAAAUGCGCAUAUAUAUAUAUAGAGAGAAAGCCAGAGCGGGAUUGGUCUACUCCAUUUGUGGAAAAUUCCAUCAACAACCCCCUAUCCUUGAUUUGCUAUUAAUUUCAGCAGGGCUGUUGUAGGAGGAGUAUCAGGAAGUAUCAGUCUAUUUUGAUACCUAGAUAUUCUUCCAUCUUUCCUUGAAUCUGUUUGACCUUGAGUUGAAGUACCAAGUAUUAACUUUCUGGUUUUUUGGUUAAGAAAGCAAGGUUAUCCUCAAGCAGAGAAGAGCUGUGAAAAUGCUUACUUACAGUUUUACCUUUUUGCUAGAAAUAUAAAUCAUACCUGUCUUGACAGACAAUUACUGUCAACCCUUUAAUCAAUGGAACUAAAGAAAACUAUUUAAAAAAAUGUGAACUUUGUAUUCUUUGACAAUAUGUGUUCCCCUACAAUUCUUCUAUUCUUUCCAAUGGACUAAUAAAAUUAUUGAGAACCAGCUUU